AUGUCCGCCGCACGCUUUGCUCCCAUCGUCAGGUCGCGCGUGGCCACUGCCCCCCGAUUUGUGGCAUUCCGAUCCAUCUCCUCCACUCCCAACUACCAGAAAAGCCCCGUCGAUGCGGCCAAGGAUACUCUGAAGAAGGCCGAUGAGGUGGUCUCCAACGCAGCUGUCAAGGGUAUCAACAAAGGCGAGAACGCCGCCCACAAGAUUAAGGAAGCAGUCGGAUCCACAAGUGAGGCUGCCAAGUCUCAGGCCGACUCCAUGAAGGGCGAGGCACAGAAGCAGGCUGGCAAGGCCCAGGGUGAGGCAGAGCAUCUCGCUGGCAAGAUGCAGGGCAAGGGAGAGGAGACACUGGGUGAGAUGAAAGGCAAGGCUGAGGAAGCCAAGGGCAAGGCCGAAGAGGCUAAGCGCAAGCACCUCGGCUGA